AAAGAGGUUCGCGCUUAAAGUAAUUUUCACACGUUGGGUGAGGCAUAUUCUUCGUCAGUGUCACAAAUAAAGAGGACAAAAAUUUUGUGAAAUAACAGAAUUGUGGAGAAAAGAAAGUAUUUUAGUGAAGAUGAAAUUGAUUAAGCGAGGCUGGUUCUAUCUCGUCGUUAUUCUCGUGCUCCUCAGCCUCUUCACAGAGGAGACAGAGGCCAGGAGGAAGGUGCUUCGAGGACGUCGCGUCAUGACACGCAGCUAUAAACGUGGUCUCCCCAUUCCCGCCUGGGCCAUCAUUGUGGCAGUGGCGCUGGCAAAUCUGAUUGUGGGUGGUAUCCUCUAUGCCGUCAUGUACAGAUUCGUCCUGUCAAAAGAUGUUUCCAGUCAAAAUUCCUACACCCCAGCCCGAACCAUGGAAGACUCAUAUGUAGCUUGAGAAGCGUGCCACCCAUUUAAACACCACAGACAGAUUAAUUAAAACUAAUUUAAUAUACCGAAUUCUCUAUUCAUCUAAUUGUACUAAUAAGCCCGACACCAUCCUGUUAAACAGUCUGCUGAUUUUUUUUUAUUAAAAAAAAACUUUAAACAAGUGUAAA